AUGAAACCAGACCCUAUUCACGACGAUCUUUUAGCUAUGGAUUUCCCUCCUACCAAACGCACACGACACGCGAACCGCGUCGUGAUACGCAGCGUUUAUGAACAGCACGUCAACCAGAUGCUAGAAAGAGACGGUGCAGAAAAAUCAGAGAAUGGUGCCGAAGAAGACGAUGCUGACGAGGAAGGCGAGGUCUCUCCACUCUCGAACCUUCCUCUAAGCCGGGAAGCUCUCGGCAAGCUGUACAAAUUCCAGCUCAUCUCUCGCCGCAUCACACAACAGACAGGGAAGGGAAAAAUACACCGGCAGUAUGCGCUUGUUGUUGUGGGAAAUGGAGAUGGGGCAUCCGACAAGGCAUUCGCCGCUGCCGUUCGUAAUAUGGACUCUGUCGAACGCUUCGAGAAGCGUACAGUGUGGACGGAUAUAGAAACAAAGCUCGGUUCUACCCACAUCAUCCUACGGCCUCGUCCUGUUGGUUUUGGAUUGCGUUGUAACCCGAACGUGCAUCAGGUGCUCAAAGCAGCAGGCAUCAAGGAUGCCAGUGCAAAAGUAUGGGGUAGCCGUAACCCACUCAACGUCAUCAAAGCUCUAUUCAGGGUGCUGCAGGCCGGGAAUGCGCCGCUAGCUAUGGGUGAUGGUUUUGGAGGGAAGGCCAAGAAGCUUGAUAAGGGGUCUGGACUGCGUAACAAGAGCGCUGUAGAACGGGAUCGUGGGCGGAAGCUCUUGGAUCUCAGGACAUACUGAUAUGGAUUGCCGUUAGCUUUCAUUCCCGUGUUUUGGCGUCCCUGUUUUGUGGCAUUGCUUUCCGCGGAAUAAAUUGAUCGAUUCCAGUGUGUUCUUUCACUCUGCAUUCCUAAAGUCCAGCUGGUAUGAUCGAGACCCGAAGCGAUUGUAUGGUCAAAAUAAUGGUAACUUCAGGAAGGCACCCUUAGGCUGACGUUGGAAAUU